AUGCAUUUCGCUACCAUCAUCGCUACUGUUGCUCUCGCCAUGGGCGUUGCUGCUGAGCCUGCCUCUGGCGAUCUUCCCUUCAACGUCAUUUCUGCCCGCAUUUGGAGCUCUGAGGACUGCGGAGGUGACAGCAACAACGGAAAUCUCGGCGAACUGACCACGCAUCGUGAUGAGCUCAAUGAAUGCUUCAAGUUCAGCGACAAGGUCAAGUCUGUGAGCCAGUAUGAGCAUGCCAAGGGCUGCAAGCUUCUUCUCUUCACAGACAGCAACUGCAAGCGGGGACAGAAGACUGUCAAGGAUGACCAGUGUCGGGAGACUUCUUCUCACUUCAGUAGCUACAAGACUGUUUGCAACUGA